AGAGAAACUUAAUUGAGACUGAAGCUCUUAUCUCUGGAUUCCUGCAUUCUUGGUCAUUGCUGGCUGUAGCCAGAGCAACCAGUACUGAAAACAGAGUAUCACCUCCUGGGUGCUCCCUGGCAUCAGGCCAGGAAGUCUCAGCCCUCUGGAUCUUGCGGUAAUGGCGUCAUGGCCUGUUAGGCAACUUUCCGGAGCCUCUGGGUUAGAGUGUCUCCAAGGAGCCCACGGCAGCAGUUGGAGUUGGUGCACAUGCAGGAUGAGAAAAGCCAGACUCUGGGCACUGCUCUGGAUACUCUCCGUCUCAGAACUCCAAGCUGCAAUUCAAGCAAAUGAAGUAGAGUAUGUCCUAACGGAGGGACAGACACUGAACGUAAGUUGUCCCUUCAGCAGACAGAUAUACUUAUACAGCCAGAAGGCUUGGCAGAGGCUGCAGAAUGGGGCAGAGCCCCAGACGCUUGUAGUCACAGAGAAUACCUCAGGAGACACCAGUCGAGUCCAGAGAGGGAGGUACAUGUUAGAAGACAUCCCUGAGGAUUCCAUCCUGUAUGUCCGAAUGGCCAACCUUCAAGUAGAGGACUCGGGACUGUAUAGGUGUGUGAUCUAUCAACCUUCCAGGGACCCCAUCCUCCUGUUCCACCCUGUCCGCCUGGUGGUGACCAAGGAUCCUUCAGGUACCCCUGCUUCAGGCAAGAAUCCUACCCAGAAUUUGGCUCAGGUUACCACCGUUCGUCGUCCCACCACGAAAGCCCAGCGCACCAUGCCCAGGACUGUGGCGCAACCCCCGCUCAAAUCGACUGCCUUCCACGUCUCCACUCCUGGCCCCACAGCCAACCUCACAAAUGUGCGGGGCAUCAGCAGGCUCCCAGGGCUCGCUGUCCUGCUGUGUGGAUGUGGACUCCUGAGUAAGAGCCUCGUCUUCACUGUCCUGUUUGUUGUCACCCAGAGGUCACCUGGACCCUAGGCCCACGAACCCACAAGCAUGACCUCUGACCUCCAUCCACCUUAUCUGGCAGUUGUGCGGGGAAAUGAGUGGGGAAGGGGGAGGGGGAAGGGUGGACAAGGACAUACCUGGAACCCGUCCCCAUAGAUAAUUUCCAAGGUCCAGGAGCCCACCUUCCUGGUCCUGCUUCCUCCCCUCAUUUCACAGUAGCCUCGGAUGUGUGCUUUGCACCCUGAAAAGAAAAGAUACAGCCCUAGAUGUGCCCAGGCUCUUCAUUUCACCAGUGGCCUGGGGUUUACCUUAAAUAAAGACAGAGUCAAUGCC